AAAACUCCAUACCCCUCUUCAUUUCUCUCUCCAUCGCCCUUUUUCCCCUUUUCUUUUUUCUUUUUUCUUUUUUGGAUUCUCCAAGUUUUCUGCUGCCUUGAGAGGGUUUUUAGAAAGUUUUGACAUGCAGAGAAAACGCCUGCAACUGCUAUAGCCCCUCAUAACUAGGGUUCUUGAGUUUUUCUUUCUUUUUCUUGUUUUCUUUUUAUUUCUUCUUCUCUUGUGAGUCUGAAUCGAAGUGGGUUUCUUCUUGUUUUGGUUGGUUUCUGAAGAGAGAGAGGGAAGGGGAGGAUUGAGAAGGAAGAUAUAGCAAAAGGGUUUUUCGUUUUUCCCUCAUUUUCUCUCUUGCCUUUGCCUUCUUUGUCCUCUCUCUUCUUCCUCUCCUUGAUUUGGGCAAUUUCAGCUGCUUGAUUUUUGUGGGUUUUGUUUCUUUUUUCGUUUUGUGCCUUUUGAACUUCUGGGUUUCUGAGAAAAAGGGCUUCAGUGUUUACACUUCACUUCACUGAUUCGUUCUCUCAUUUGGGGGAGUUGUUUUUGUGAAUUCGCCGAAUCUGGAGGAUUCUAAAGGAAAACCCAAAACGCCGGCCGGUGGGUGAGUGGGGAAAGGGAAGGAGAGGAGUUAUCGAAGUUUUGAUUGAUGAGUUUUGGGGGUUUCCUCGACGGCGGCGGGGGCGGAGGAGGAGGCGGUGGCGCUCGAAUUGUAGCCGAUUUACCUUACACUAACAACAGCGGCGGCGGCGGAAAUAUGCCCUCCGGUGCGAUUGCUCCGCCGCGCCUCAUCACUCAAUCGCUCACUAAAUCCAUGUUCAACUCCCCCGGACUCUCUCUCGCUCUCACGAAUAUGGACGGGCAAGGGGAUUUGGCCGGCCGAAUGCCGGAGGGUUUGGAGCAUAAUGUUGGGAGAAGGACCAGAGAGGAAGAGCACGAGAGUAGAUCUGGCAGUGAUAAUAUGGACGGCGGCUCCGGCGACGAUCAGGACGCCGCCGACAACCCUCCGAGGAAGAAGCGCUACCACCGACACACUCCUCAACAAAUCCAAGAGCUCGAAGCUGUUUUUAAAGAGUGCCCUCAUCCUGAUGAGAAGCAACGGCUGGAGUUGAGUCGGAGGCUUUGUUUGGAAACUCGACAAGUUAAGUUCUGGUUUCAAAAUCGGAGGACCCAGAUGAAGACCCAAUUGGAGCGCCAUGAAAAUACUUUGCUUAGACAGGAGAAUGAUAAGCUUAGAGCUGAGAACAUGUCGAUUCGAGAUGCUAUGAGGAAUCCAAUCUGUUCGAACUGCGGUGGUCCGGCAAUUAUCGGAGAAAUCUCGCUGGAAGAGCAGCAGUUGAGGAUCGAGAACGCCCGGUUGAAGGAUGAGUUGGACCGGGUCUGCGCGCUUGCCGGGAAGUUUCUCGGGAGACCAAUUUCAUCGCUGGCUAACUCCAUUGCGCCUCCGUUGCCAAGCUCAAGUCUGGAACUUGGAGUUGGGAGUAAUGGAUUUGGGAGUUUGACCAUGGCGACGACAAUGCCUAUUGGGCCGGAUUUUGGAGGUGGGUUAUCGGGUAAUCUGGCUGUUGUUCCCCCUCCUGGCAGACCGACGCCGGGGCUGGGGCUUGAGCGAUCUAUGCUACUGGAGCUUGCUUUGGCUGCCAUGGAUGAGCUGGUUAAAAUGGCACAGACAGAUGAGCCUCUUUGGAUUGGGAGCUUGGAAGGUGGAAGAGAAAUACUGAACCAGGAAGAGUACAUGAGGACAUUCACUCCUUGCAUCGGCUUGAAACCGAAUGGGUUCGUCACCGAGGCAUCGAGAGAAACCGGUAUGGUCAUCAUCAACAGCUUGGCUCUCGUCGAGACAUUGAUGGACUCGAAUCGAUGGGCAGAGAUGUUUCCAUGUAUGAUUGCCCGAACAACCACCACCGAUGUGAUCUCCGGUGGCAUGGGCGGAACAAGAAAUGGCGCACUUCAACUGAUGCACGCAGAGCUCCAAGUGCUCUCACCGCUCGUGCCGGUCCGGGAGGUCAAUUUCCUGCGCUUCUGCAAGCAGCAUGCGGAAGGGGUUUGGGCAGUUGUCGACAUAUCGAUCGACGCCAUGAGAGACACUCCCGCCGGUGCUUCCUCAUUCAUCAACUGCAGAAGGCUUCCUUCUGGCUGUGUUGUUCAAGACAUGCCCAAUGGAUAUUCCAAGGUUACGUGGGUGGAACAUGCCGAGUAUGAAGAAAGCCAAGUCCACCAGCUCUACCGCCCGCUUCUCAGCUCCGGUAUGGGCUUCGGCGCCCAGCGGUGGGUCGCCACCCUACAACGGCAAUGCGAAUGCCUUGCCAUCCUUAUGUCCUCCGCCGUUCCCAUUCGAGACCACACCGGUAUGAGCUUCAUAUUCUAACAUUG